CUCACGGUCGACUGCUGUCCACAAGAACAUAAAUACAAACUUAACAUAUGUCUGGGCCCGACCCCUCUCUUGUCGUACACACUGCCACUUGUCCUUUUAUGUUUCCGAUCUCCAUCGUGAGAGAUAGCUGCUGCAACGGGCAGCGGACACUCAUUAUCACUCGCGUCAUCGGCCCUGCGUCAUUCCCUCACGGCUCUCGUCCCGCCUUGCUCAUCACAACUACUUUAUGUAGUUUUCUAUUAUUUCCUUGAAUGAAUUAAAAGAGCUGUUUCAUGUCUAUCCUUGAAUCACUUAACUGAUCAAGAUUGAUUUAGGAUACAGAAAGUUAUUAAUAGUAAUAAGUGAUUAAAGACUUUUUCAAAGUAAUUUGCCCAACAAUGCAUACAAGGGACAGAAAGUAAGUAAUCAAGUAAUGUUGUUCCUGAGCAUCUCUGGUUGUCACCAUGUUGACUGGAUCUGCAUGAGGAUGCAUCCUUUUCCUCUUCCUGAAAACUAACAGCAUUUCUCCUGCAGGAUGGACAAACUAGGAUUUGCCUAUACAUAGCUCAGGCCAAAAUUUAAGGCUUGAGUUUUCAUUGAUAUAUUUACCAGAUUACUUUAUUUAUAGUCGUAGUUUUACCGUAAUUCUCAAAAUCACCGAUUAUUUUCAAUGGCCAGGCAUAGGAAUGGAAAAUGCUGAAUAAAAUCUAUAUAUUCCAUAUAUCAUAUUUAUAUAAAUAUAAAAAUUUGUAAAGAAAUGUAUAUAAUAUAUGUUCAUCGAUGGAUUAUCAGCCACAAAUAUGUUUCAUAAAACACUACAUAACACUCUAUUUAUUAUAUAACUCUAUAACACAUACUAUAUAUACUUAAAUUCCUACAUCACAUAUACAGAUACAAAGACUGUUUAAAAACAACUGUUUAAAAUGUGCACAUAUACUUUGCAAUAUACAGUAUGUAAAUAGUGGAAUUUGUAUUAAUUUUUAUAUCUCAAAUAUACCGUAUAAUGUUAAUAUAUGGCCAGUGAUCAUGAAUUACAUUUUAAACAUUUUACUUCAUAUUUAAUAUUUACAAUAAAUUAAAGCCUUUUAUUUACUUUUUUUUCAAUUUGUAUAUGCGUUUACAUGAGGUUAAUGCCACAUGCAACUUCAAAAGCUGAACACAGAGCUUUCGUUCUUAUUUAACUACUACCAUAGAAUGACCACCAUAGUAGGAAAUUUUGUUUUGUAAAUUAGUUUUUUCUGAUAAAAAUGUAGAAAGACUAACAGUUCUGGAGCACUUUUGUCUACCAUUGCUGUUUUUCCUUCUAUGGUGGUUGCCAAGAACUGAUUGGUUAUAAGCAUUCUUCCAAAUAUCUUUCUCUGUGCUCAUCAGAACAAACAAACUUGAGCUUAAAGCAGAAAAAAUCAGAUAUGCACAUUUUCUACACUGAGGAAAGCCUCAGAAAUCUUAAAAUCAUCUUUUCAGUUCAUUAAUCCAUGUUCGUGAGGGACUGUCAGUGAUUUAGUGCUCUGUUUUGAUGAAGAGAGCAGAGAUGGCAUUAGCUCCAUCAGCAUAUGGAAGACAUUACACCCUGACCUAAGUAAGAACCCUCUCUGAAGCCUAUGUGCUUUUUUUGGCUUUAUGGCUUAUGUACUGUACUGCAUGUUUAUGGUUUACACACAGGCAGGGUGUAAUGGGCCAAAAAUAUACCUGAUUAAAUUAGCUUUUUUAGUGGAGUUGAUUUUAUAGACAUCAUAGGCUCAUUUCACAUCAUCUUGAUUUUGUUUAUAUGCCACACUGGAUGAACUUGAACGUGAAAUUAAGACUCAAAAUUAUUCACAGUUUGGUGACAUCAAAUUAUUUUUUCAUCUUUAGAGACUCAAAAACUAAGAAAAGGCUCAUCCACAGACAUUUGCAAAGCUCGUGUUUGAAUUGAAUGACCAGGAACAUGUGCUUUAGGUUAUCCUGUGGCAUUUUAAAAGGUUUACAUAUAGAUUGUGUCUAUUUCAUAUUGUCAGUCAUCUGUCACUUUGUGUUGGGAAUUUGAGGUUAAAAGUUAUUCUUGCGGCUACUGUGUCUAUGUCUCCGCUAACCAGGACUGGCAACUUUAUUGCUUCAGCCCUUAGACUGGGGUCAGAGAAGGAAAUGAUCAAAAGGGUAAAUGCUUCCAUACUGUAGCUCCCCGCAAAUGUUUAUUAACAGCAGAUAAAAACAGCUGGAGGCUUAAACACAUUUAAACUUACAGUACCUCAGGGGAACUGGCAAAUUAUGUUUCAUAAACCAUCUCUUAAUUCAUUAACUUGAGACCACAAACGUAAGGAUCUUUGAGAAAUGAAAGACGCUGCAGAAAACUACAGGACCUAAUUUUGGUCUUUUAUAAUCCAUUUUUAAUUUGUCAAAACCAGUUAAAAUUGGAAUUUGCAUUUAGUUAUUAAAAGAGGGAAAGAGUCAGAGAUAUGCAAUAACUUGAUAAAAAUCAACACAAGUAUGACUCACCCGGUUCCCAACACCUUCCCCCAAUUUAGGUUUUGAAGUAGUGUCUGCCUCGACCAAGACGUCCCACUGGUAGCAUUUAGAGAGGUUGGUGUAAAUUGAGUAGAGGAUGUGUUUGGCAAUAUUUAGCGUUGGACCGUUGACCCCCUGAACCAGAAUUUUAGGGUGAGAUGGAUCUCAGGAGUUAAUCUCGCACCUGAAGACAGACUCCUUUGAAAAGUGCACAUCAAUAAAAUACAUGGACACGUUGGCCACAGCUAUUACGAAUCAUUAUUGACCAUACUGUACAUAACAUGCCCAUCGGAAAGUUAUUUUUCUUUUUUAAUAGAAAUUACAGGGUUUACUAUCAUGGUUUCUUAAGGAAAUUUGUAUCCAUUGUGCUCAAAAUUAAUGGAGGUGAUUGAGGGGUCACUCAAUUUAUGUAUACAUUCAAAAGUUCUGUCUUUUUUCAAAAACAGUUGUCUUUAGAUAAAUUCAGCAAACUCAUAUAUGUUUGACACAGAUAAAGACACUUACAUGUAGAAUUUAAAUAAAUUGUAAUUAAAAUAGUAUUAGGUGUUUUCAUUGGAUGAAUGUUCACUGAAUCACAGUAAGACAAUGCAAAAAAAAGAAUAUAUUUUGCAUAAAAUAAUCCAACAGGCCCAGUGUAACCAAAAAUGAAGGAAAACGACGGUUAAUCUUCUUGAUAUACAAAGAAAGGUUUCAACUAUCCAAUGUGUUAUCUGCUCCCUUUCAUCUCUAUCAUCAGAUCAUUCAGGACAACACACGCCUAUGGUUAAGAUCCCAGCUUUUCUACUUUCCGUACACAUUAUACACUCGUGGUUCCAUUGAAGGCAUUGUGUAAUCCCUAAUACACCCCGUGAUGGCUGACUGCAAUUAUCCUUGCAAUGAUUGCAUGUUUACAAAAAGUAUUAUCCAUGCUUAGUAAACUGCUAACACAUGUGUUGGAUUCAUUUACAACCGUAAAGAGCUCAGAUUAACUGUGAGGUGGUCUGAAAUCUCAUCUGGUAUUUAGCUUUAUUACACGGCUCGUUGGAAUGCUUGAUUCUGAUUGGCAAGUCGCGACAUUUGCAGGUUCGUUAUUCCCAGAUAACAACCUCUCAAAACUAAUAACACACAGUAACCCGGAUGCAGCAAAUCAUUUUCUUUAGACAUUAAAUAUAAAUAUGUCUUUUAAUAAGAUGAAAAAAAAAUGCUAACCAAUGUGGAAAAAUUAAAUCAAUGGGAAAUAAUAAAAUCUGGCAACAAAAUAUCAAACUUCUCUCUCAAAUACGAGGGAUGAUACACAAAAUUGAAAAAAAUAAAUUAGUUUACAAGCCAUAGUAGAAGCUCUUUUCUCUCUCUCCCACACACACACUGCAAGCUUCUUGUCUGCGCCGGUUGCUCACCUACACACCAUGACCACUUCAAAGGCUCCUGUUCUCUUGCAGAGGCCCUGCACAGGAAGCACAGCUGGCAGCUCCUCAGAAGAAAGCAGGGGACUGAAAGUUUUCUCUCUCUCGUGUUCCCCAUUGGCCUUCUAGUUUACAGGGGCCAAAAGGGAGUCCUAGUUUACAGUAGUCUUUUUCUGAUGACAUGCCCAUGCUGCCUGGGAAAACCUGACCCUAAGACAUGUUUAUUGGAGCCCUGCUUAUAUAUCUACACAACUAACCCAUUAAUUAUUUGCAACUUUAGUAAAAGUAGCAAGAUCUCUUGUAAAAGCAUUAUAAAUGACUGACUGUUAAUAUAAGAACAGCGGGAAACAAGAUCUUUUUCUGUUCAGCGGGAGAGAGAUGCAGUCGGCUGUUGAUGUUUUAUCUAAACAGCAGUGCAGACAGUAAAUCUGCUCCUUGUCUCUAACUAUACACUGACAUAUAGAUCAAGAGAGAUGUUCAGAUCUCUGGUGACUUUCAGCAUUUAUUAAUGAAGUCAUCCAUCAGCAUUUUAAGGCUGGACAUUUGAAGAAGAACACGUGCUUGUACACAGCAUACAAUCUAAAGACACAUGAUGGAUUAUAAAUAUAUAUAUAUAUAUAUAUAUAUAUAUUGGCCUAUAACUAUAUAUAUGAAGAGUUAGGUUUCAAAAUGAGAUAACUCAGUUCUUAAAAUCAUGAUUUUAUUGUGUUAGUUUGCUGUAUUUUUUAGUUAUUAUGGCUUAAAUCAGAACAUCUUCAUAUAUUUAUAUAUACACACACAAUAUAUGUAUUUAUGCAUUUAUGAAUGUCUGUGUGUAUGCAUACUGUAUAUAUAGUAUAUGUAUAUAUGAUGUAUAUCUACAAGAAACAACUUAAAUAUUGUGUUCUUAGUAAGAACAUUUACUUAAUGUUAUUUUAUCAGACUUAUAUUUUUAUUCCUCCUAAUUCGAUGCUUGUCAAACCACUAUUUUUAACACUUUCUUAUACUAAUGGUUAAUGUAAAGUGUGUUCAAUGAGAGAGUUCAUUCAUUUGAAAAUCUAUGUUUUGUUGCUUUCUUUCAGCCCUAAUUUACCAUGUUGACUCAACUACGUGCAGGAAAUCCGAAGUCCCCUUCCCUUUUGUGUGGUGUGCUUACAAUGCAUAGCUAAAAACAAACAGGCAUUCAUUGAACUUUGUGAAUGGAACGAUAAAAAAAAGAUAACUACAUGGUCAGUGAAUCAUUCUGAAUUUCAGAAUUAGAGUUAAUCCUGUAAAUGAAAGCAGUGUUUGCCAGGAUGUAUAAUCUAUAUUUUUAAGCAAUAAUGUUGGCGUGUUCUGUAGCUUUUUAAAUGCAUUUCGAUGUGUGAUAUGUGCCUAAACAUAACUUGGCAUUUAAACACUAGACCUAACAAUUAAAAACAUUCAGUGGAGUGAAAAUGUGUGUCAACUUGCCAUUGAUAAAAUAUUUAAAAACAUAAGGAGUUCUUGUAAUGUGCAGGUCAACUAUUUUUUUAUGUUUGAAAUUUAAGAGUUAAUGUGUGAAAAAGUCAAAACUUUGUUUUUUAUUAUGUAAUCAUGUUUUAUUGCGUUUCAUUGUAAUUAGCUGUAUUUUUAGCUGUAUUUUUUAGUUUUUAUUACUAAAUCCAAACAUUUAUUUGAAAGCACAGUAAAUAACAUGAUUUUUCUACAGAGUUAUCUGUUUCAAAGGAACUCUUCAAUGACAAGUUUGAGGUUCUACAACACAUGCCAUUGGAUUGAGAUGCUUAAACCACAUGUUUCAUUUGUCACCAUGUAGAAUCUCCACACAUGCUUCUCAUUAUGAAAAACAGAGGAGGAGAAUUAACUGUCAAAUAUUAUAGAUGUUUAAAGGCCCUCAUGGGGGCAUCCACUGGAUUAGGGGACAUUACAUGGUCUAAAAGGUGAGCAAAUAGAUGGGCAUGUUAAAAGAUGUAUACAUGAUUUAUCGCCUCUGUUGGGCAGGAUGAAUGUCCAAGUUUAUGGAUACAAUUAUUUAUUUGAUAUUUGACAGUGCUCAGUUUUUACCAUCCUUGCAGUUCUCAUUAGAGCUCUAUGAACCCUCUAAUCUAAUGUGUCACAAAGCAGAAUGUCCAUGUCUUUGGCAAGCUGAGACUAGACAGAGUGGGUGGUGCGUGUGAUCAGACAAAAUGAGCUCAAACAAAUAACACAUUAAUAGAAUUGUAGCCAGGAAUAAUAACUGAUGUAUAAUUGAUAUUUGAAAUUAACACCCAAUUACUGUAAUUAAGAUCCUAUUUUGUAUUUUCCUGUAAAAACUAAUUCAAUAUGUAGCUAUUGCAUUUUAUUAACAAGAUUCAAAUAAGAUAAAGUAUUCAAAUAAGGGCAGUUUUGCUUUAGUAGCUAAUAAACAGAUUAUCAUACAAACUUUAGAAAAGCCCAAACUUACAUCAUAUUUCUUGUUAAUUUGUUUACGUGCAUGAUUGGAAAAUAUGAGCACACAUAUAAGGCCAAUGAUAUGUUUAUUUUUCCAUGAAGUCACAGUAAGACAAUUUUUUAAUGCAGCAGGUGGGCAGUAGGCAUUUGGUUUCUGUUGCCAUCUAGUGGAGAGAUGGCAACACAAACAAUUGUGUUAGAAUGUAAUGCUACUUUAAAAUCAAAUUAUUUCGACAUGGUUAGCUAUAUGAAAACAGUUGUGCAACAUAUGAUAGGAAGACUAAAUAAAUAUAUAAUAAAUUAUACUAGAUUUCAUGGUAAAACUAAUGGACAAACUUUUCCCAAAUUCAUCCUAUAUUUUUUAUAUUACUUCAAAACGUAUGGGUUGAUACUCUCACAAAGCAUUUAACAAAAGUGUUCCUUUAUAGCUCACUUAGUAUCGUUGAUGCAUCAUCUACAUCAUGGGACCAAAUCCUAGAGAACACACAUGAAGUAAACUAACUAACUUUCAACUUAGGUUUGAUUUCACAAAAGGCUCCUUGAAAAGGAGUUAAAAUACAUUUAAUAAAAGUUAAUAAAAGUUACUGUAAUAAGUUACAGUUAUUUAUAUCCUUUAAAGACACCUACAGCACUUGCAAAGCUGCUACUAUUCAAAUAUUUAGGUAAAUAUUUAGAAAUGUGGGAAUGCUUUCAAAUUAAACAAUGCCACAACAACUUCUAGUUAACAACUUCCAUUAACUAAAUCAAAUAUGCAUCAUGGGAUCGAAUCUUUGAAAACACAUGAAGUAAAGUAGGCUUAGGGUUGAAAAUUUAAAUGUAUAGCUUGAAUGCACUGUAAGUCACAUGCAUCUACCAAAUGCAUAAAAUGUCAAUGUUAAUUAAUUUAUAUAACCAGUUAAUCAGUUAAAUACUAAACAAUUAUUUUAGAAUAAUAGUAAACUCAUUAAAAUUACACUGCUAAAAAUAGAUGGUUUAAAAGCAACAACAAAUGUUACUGUGCAUGCACACUUUUGUUGCCUGAACUUUACAGUCCCUGCAGAUUAUUUCUGAUUAUAAACAAAAUAAAUAACAAGUAAUUUUCUUUAAAAGAACUGUAUGUCUUGCUAGUAUCAUUUUGCGUUACCAGUUAAAGGACCUUUACUACGCUUAGUUUUAUGACCCAUUUAAAAAAUUGUUUAUGUAAUAAAGUUAACAUUCAAUAAAAUUCAACAAAUUGUUUAUUUAAUACAAUUAUUAUGCAAUAAAAUAUUAAUUUGAAUUAAUGGUAAUAUAAAUAAAAUAAAAUAUAGAUAUUUAUAUAUUAGCCACUAGCCAGACCGAUGAACAAACACUAACUGGAAGUUAGCUUCCUGCUAUAAAACUACCUCAAAAGAGGCUACAAAAAGUUCUUCUAAAACCAUUUUUGGUUCCCAAGAGAAACAUACUCAAAAGUUCUUAUAAGGACCACUUCUUUCUUACUGUUUGUAAUCUAACAUACCUUUUUUCACUACAAAAAAACAUUUGUUUAACAGAAAAGUUUUUCUUCAUAAUAAAACCAUUCAGCCAAAAAUUGUUAUUGUGGUUGUGUAUAGGAAUUAUGCUGUGACUAAACUUUAUAAAUAAAUGAAAAUCUAUAAAUAUUUGGUCCUUUGUUGGUCAUCAUUUUUAUAAUAAAAAAUAACAUGUUGGCAUUUUUCUCUACAUAAUUGAUUCCAAACAUAGUUUGCAAAACAUUUCACUCAAGUGCACUAACUUUAGAAUGGAUCUGUACAUCAACAGAUGUGUAAAUAAGCCUUUAAUUCACCAGUUUAUAUAGAUGCAUUUGGCAGACGGUUUAUCGAAAAUGACUUACAGUGCUUUCCAGCUCUGUUUUACCAGUAUGUGUGCAACCAGAAAAAUGUUUUUUCUUUUUUAAACAUAUAUUGAAGAAAUGGCCUUUUAAAUUUAGCUGAGUCAUUAGUAUGUUCCUGCUCAUCUUGAAACAGAGCUGUAUGAUAUAUGUCAGCAGGAGGGCGGGGCAGGAAUGAGAUAUGUGAUCAUAGCGUCAUUCAGCUCCCACCCAUUUUAAAGCCCCAGUUUGAGGCGCUGAUAGGGAUGGCUAUCAUUAUCAGACCAAUGCAAUGACCCCUCCCUUUCACAGACAUGUCUCAUACAUAGCCAAAAGAAGAGUCACUGAUAUUUAAUAUAAAAAACCUUGUAGAACUUUCUUCUGUGAAAGUGUUUCACAAGAUGCCAUAGAAGUUCUAUUUCAAAGUGCCAUAAGAACCCUUUUUGUGUAUAAACAACCUUCAACACACAUAGAACCUUCUGUUUCACAAAAGGGUCAUUGAAUAGGUGCCUUAGAUUAUAAAAAGAUAAAAUAUUAAUGGAUCUUUUAAGAACAUUUACUGAAUUGAAUGUAAGUAUUUUCCCCCCAAAAUGGUUUUAAGCUGUUAUUUAUAGCCUUUAAAGACACAUACCUGCAAAGCUGCUACUAAUUAAAAAUAUUUAGGAAAACAUUUAGAUAUAUGGGAUGUUUUCAAAUUAAAACAAUGCCACAAAUCGAAUUUGUAUCAAUUAACUUAUUUUAACUAAAUCAAAUCAAUAUUUGGGUGUGACCCCUUAUUUGCUUUUGUCACAUGUAGUUUUUCAGCUUUGCCUCCAAUGCUUCUUGGAGACAUUGCCAAAGUUAUUUUGGAUUUAGUAUGUCUCUUUUCUCUUUCUUUAUGUAAUAAUAGACGGUCAUGAUGGUAAAACCUGAUCUCAAGUUAGAUUAUUACAAAUGAUGCCAAAAGGAAUGUUUGGAAUCUGAUAUUCCCAACUGACACACUGCAGCAAAAGAUAAAUUAACUCUUGGGCGGGUGAAAAUACUAAUGUUCCUGAGACUUUUGCACAGUAUAUAUAGUUUUAUAAAAGUAUUAAAACAACUUUGACACAGUGCAAAAAUUUAUUUCUGAUUUUUACAUUUUCCUGGUUCUGCAAAUCUAAGCUAAAAAUGAAUACAUGUUUUAUAAUCCAUGUAAUGUAAAUCUGCUUUAUAUAUCUUGUGUAAUUAAUGAAAAAAUACUGUGCCAUAAGUUUCCAUGAAUUGUUGCCAGUGGGACGUGUUUGACGCAGAAUUUGUCAACUCUCACGUGAUUAACUCCGGAACGCCUGUGAGUCGAAAACAGCGACCGACAGAAACUCAUAGUCUAACUAUUAUCUUUCAUUUUAGUAAUUUUGUAACGAGUUGGGCUACGUAUAAAUUUAUUUCAUGUUUAAUAUGUGAUAGAAAAACGGUCCAGGAACCGCACACGGCAAUUUUAAGUUGCGUUUUGUUCAGGUAAAAAGUUUUGAAAUAGUCACAGGAAACAUAUUGCAUUUGGGUCACGACGUCUCAAAAUGCUCUCAAAAACCGAAAAAGAGCUUAUUGUACAUAUCUGGGAAAAAAUGCUUCCAGUGGCGGAAGAAAUUGGAUCUGAAGCUCUUUUAAGGAUGUUCACAACGUUUCCUAAAACAAAGACAUACUUCAAUCAUCUUGACAUCGGUCCAGGUUCACAGCAUUUACGUUGCCACGGGAAGAAAAUCAUCCAGGCUUUAGCUGAAGGUGCCAGAAAUAUAAGCACACUUACCACUACGCUGGCACACCUAAGCAGGUUUCACGCGUAUCAAUUAAGAAUACAUCCUACGAACUUCAAGCUUUUCAAUCACUGCAUACUUGUGACGCUAGCUUGCAAAAUGGGGGAUAAUUUCACUCCAGUUGCACACGCGGCCAUCGACAAGUUUCUUUCGGCUUUCUCGGCUGUUUUAGCUGAGAAAUUCCGAUGAAGACCACAGAAGAAGAUGAAAUGAUUCUGCGAACUUAAUUUAAUCGAACAGAGUGUCUUUUACUCUUUGUCUAUUCUUGAAUGCAAUGCCAUGGUAGACUAUAUUUAAUAAAGAACAUAAA